CUCAGUUCACCAGUAGAUGGAAGGAGAGACAGAUGUGCUCGUGAGAGAGAGACAGAUCAUAAACACAGACAGGAGAAAAUCACACAGACGGAUGUAAGAAAGAAGAACAGAGACACACAGAGGAGUCUGAUCUCACACUGGAAUAUAGGAGAAACAGAACGAGUAAAAUGAGAGAGAUGAAGAGAUGCAGAGAUGAAGAACAGUCCGUUCACCUACACAACACUCUGUGAUGAAGAGAGGCAAACAACAAAUUUGAAGAUCUGGACAUUGGACUGACUGGAUUGACCAAUGCAAUCACUUCUAAUGCUGUGGAAUACAAUUUCCCAAAACACACCAAGGAAUAAUCAUCUUUGUUUUAGAUAGUAUGCUUGCAAACAAAGGCCACACCCCCUCCAGCUCCUCCUCAGGGGGCUGAGCCAAUCAGCAGAGGUCAUGGGCCGACGAGCAGCUGACGCAUCCAAUGCGGUGCCGACACUAGAGGUGCCUCUGGCUGGUGGGCGGGCUGUCCUGUCUCAAAAAUGGGGUCCUUUGUGCAGCGUUGGUGUCCAAACAUCGCCGGGUCUUCGCUCGCUUCCGUCAUUAAAGAAGAGGACUCAAACUGUGAGCACGGCCAAUGGACCGACUGCCGAAACCAUGUCGCUGGAUCGGGUGAGGCGUUGUGAGGUCAACGGAAGGCACGUUGUGAAGACAGCGUCCAGGAACCAUGUGACACAAGACAGGACGUCCCAGGAAAGCGAGGUGUACUGUCAAAUCAAAGCCAAUCCAAACCAAUCCGUUCCAAGAGGGAGUUUAAAAAGAACUCCUCGGUAUGUUAACGGAAGUAUCGUUGCGCCCGAGGUGGUGGGCGGAGUUUGCAGCGAAGGGGCAGAGUCUGAGGAAGUGAGACGGCAGAGUCAAACGACGACACGUGAAUGUAGGCGGGGCCAGUCGCUGAAAGGGGAGGCGUCCAGGCCGGCCAUCGGCUCAUACACCACAGCCCCUCGCCCAUGUCGCGUGAUGACAUCAUCGCCCAGACUGUGCACCAGCUGUGGGCGGAGACAGUCUCAAGCUCCGCCCUGCAUGGCGCCCGCUUGUCGCAAACGAGCCGCCAGUCAGGUUCAAGCGAGCAUGACGCUUCCGACGCCCCCGAGGAAAAGCUGUUCGCCUCGUUUGCAGAAACGAAACUCCGCGGUUGCGCAGCCAACGUAUGCGCAAAUUCCCAAUCACACAACGCAAAACGCAUGCUCCGCCCCCUUGCAAUCCACCAAAAAAGAUGUGAAAACUGAAGCAUCUACGCAGUCUGAAAAAUCCAAAAAUGGCUUGACGACACACAAAACGCAACACACGCAAACACGAGUCAAAACCGAAUCAACUGCACAAGACACAAAGGACAAGUGUGCGACCACGCAAACGCACAAAUCCGCCACAUCUAAACCAAUUGGCUGUGAGUCUCAAGCCACACCCACUCCUCCACCCAAGAAAGACUUGAAACCAAUACAGAUUAAAUGUAAACCAGCACCUCCAGAGCUUUUGAUUGGCUCAGGGGCGGAGCUUAAACCACAACCCCUGCCCCCUCCUCCAUCAGAGCCUAAAACUGAGACAGAAACGGACUCUAAAGACACCCACCCACCUCCAACAGACGAUAUCCCACAAUGCAACGGUGCACCUGGAGUUCUACACGGACUGCUGCAGAAUGUAGAAGAAAACCUGCUGUAUAAUCAGGAAAAGAUCAAAGUUCUUCUCAAUGUCAUUCAGGAUCUGGAGAGGAACAAAGCAAUGAGUGAAGGGCGUUGUUCUUACAGAACAGGUCAGGACAUCAACAACUGCUCAACCUGCCAGAAAACAGCCUGCAUUAUAUACAGUGUGGAGCACGACUUCCGUGUGCAGGAGGGACGAUUUCAGAGCAUUCUGGAGGCCUUGGAUGAAGCAGAGUACGAUGUUCCCACCCCCGUCCCAAAGCCUGCCCACAUACGACCUCGAACCAAGAGCCGUGUCAAGAAACUGCGAAAGAAGUGUUUCUGGUGGCUGUAGAGAACCAUCCCCAUGGAGA